AUGCCUUUCAUCCCACACCCAACGCCGUCGAUGGAAGCUGAUUUCGACGCAGAAGAGCCAAGCUGGGUCGAAGAGGUAGUCGAGGCGGACGACAGUGAGACCAAGGACUACCAGGGCGAUAACACCAAUCCUGGCGGCGACGGGACGGAGCCAGACGACGACGACGAGGCCCAACAGCUCCUCAACCCUCCACGCCCUCCGACCAGCCUCUGCCCACCUUUACCAAGGCUGACCCUGUCGCAGCCAGCGGAGCAACAACCCCGGGGCCUCCAACGCGCCGCCUGGAGCCUCGAGCUGUUCUUCAACGGGUCUCUCUCCCUCGCAAGUAUCAGCAGUGCCAGUACCCGGUUGCCAACCAAAGGUCCAGCGCCCUCGCAGGCCAAUCAAGAUGCCUUUCUCGCAGGCUCCUAG